AUGGUCGUCAUCUCCUUCGACACCCGCCGAGUCGCCUGUCUUGACGCCAGCGACACUGAUAUCGGCAGGCCUCACCACACCCACCGCGGGGACGAGAGUUCCGCGAGGAGGAGGCAGGUCUUGGCAAAGCUCAGCAGGACACUGGGCGAGAACGUGCCACCCGAGCUGGUGUUUCCUGACCCCAAGGUCCUGGAUAUCCGGGCGUCCGCACCCGCAGUGGAAUCGGCCGCGCGCAAACCCCCACUUCGCAGAGCGAGCACUCUGUCGGCAGGAGUAUACGAAUCCGCACGUCCCACCAACCAGGCUUCCAGCGCGGAAUGGGCCAAGCUGAAGAGGAGGAAGAGCUCUGUCCGACCUUCGAUCGAUUCGUCUGCCACCGAGCGGUCGUAUCAGGUUGUGUCGCUGUCUCGUGAUCCUGCGAUCGCCACCGGCCCCGACGCGGCUGUACCCCGGAGCUGGGCUCCAGGCUAUACCAUGCACCGUGAAGAAGAGGGAUGGUCUGGGGAAUGGGGCGGUCGCGACGUCCGCUCCAUGGAUGAUGUCGUGCGCGGACUGCGCGGAUUGAAGCUCAAGUGA